AUGGUGCAAUCGUCCGUUUUGGGUUUCCCAAGAAUUGGGGCCAACAGAGAGCUAAAGAAGGCCACCGAGGCUUACUGGCAAGGCAAGACCUCUGCUGAAGACCUGCUACAGGUCGGCAAGCAGAUCAGAGCGCACAACUGGAAAUUGCAGAAGCAGGCCGGUGUGGACGUUAUAGCGUCGAACGACUUCUCCUUCUACGACCAAGUGCUCGACCUUUCGCUACUUUUCAACGUGAUCCCAGACCGUUACGCCAAGUACCAGCUAUCGCCGCUAGACACUUUUUUCGCCAUGGGUAGAGGCUUGCAAAGAAAGGCCACCGCCACCGAGAAGGCCGUCGACGUCACUGCGCUGGAGAUGGUCAAAUGGUUUGACUCCAACUACCACUACGUCAGACCAACUUUCUCCAACGGGACCCAAUUCCGUUUGAACGGACAAAAACCCGUCGACGAGUUCCUCGAGGCCAAACAGCUCGGUAUCGAGACCAGACCCGUUUUGCUCGGUCCCGUCUCUUACUUGUACCUUGGUAAGGCCGACAAGGACUCUUUGGACCUGGAACCUUUGUCUUUGCUCCAAAAGAUCCUACCUCUCUACGCCGAGAUUUUGCAGAAACUCGCUGCCGCCGGUGCCACUUCUGUUCAAAUUGACGAGCCAAUUCUUGUCCUAGAUUUGGAAAAGAAGGUCCAAGAUGCUUUCAAGACUGCCUACGACUUCUUGGGCGCCCAGGCUUCUUUGCCAGAGAUCACUUUGGCCACUUACUUUGGUACGGUGGUUCCAAACUUGGCCGCUAUCAAGAACUUGCCGGUCGCCGGUUUCCACUUUGAUUUUGUCAGAAAUCCAGAGCAACUGGACGACGUCGCCGCCAUCCUUUCUGACAAACAAACUUUGUCUGUUGGUGUUGUUGACGGUAGAAACAUCUGGAAGAACGACUUUGCCAAGUCUUUCGAGCUUGUCCAGAAGGCCAUCCAAAAGUUGGGCAAGGACAGAGUCGUUGUUGCCACUUCUUCGUCUUUGUUGCACACUCCUGUCGACUUGGAAUCCGAAAAGAACUUAAAGCCUGAGAUCAAGGAUUGGUUCGCUUUUGCCACCCAAAAAGUCAAGGAAGUUGUCGUUAUUGCCAAGAACGUCUCCGGUGACGACGUUUCUGCCGAAUUGGCCGCGAACGCCCAGUCUGUCUCUGGCAGAGCUUCUUCUACCAUUACCAACAAUGAGGCUGUCCAAAAGAGAGUUGCCAGCAUCGAUGAGAAAAUGUCCACCCGUUCUGCUCCUUUCCCACAAAGAUUGGAGGAACAACAAAAGGUCUUCAACUUGCCAUUGUUCCCAACCACCACUAUUGGUUCUUUCCCUCAAACCAAGGACAUCAGAAUCAACAGAAACAAAUUUGUUAAGGGUACUAUCACUGCUGAGCAAUACGAGAAAUUCAUCAACGCCGAGAUUGAAACCGUUAUCAGAUUCCAAGAAGAGAUUGGUUUGGACGUUUUGGUCCACGGUGAACCAGAGAGAAACGAUAUGGUCCAAUACUUCGGUGAACAAAUCGACGGUUACGCCUUCACCGUUUACGGUUGGGUUCAAUCUUACGGUUCCAGAUACGUUAGACCACCUAUCAUUGUUGGUGACUUGUCUAGACCAAAGGCCAUGUCCGUCAAGGAGUCCGUCUACGCGCAAUCCAUCACUCCAAAGCCUGUCAAGGGUAUGUUGACCGGUCCAGUCACCUGCUUGAGAUGGUCUUUCCCAAGAAAUGACGUCGACCAAGAGACCCAAGCCAUGCAAUUAGCUUUGGCUUUGAGGGACGAAGUCAACGACUUGGAAGCUGCCGGUAUCAAGGUUAUCCAAGUCGACGAGCCUGCUUUGAGAGAAGGUUUGCCAUUGAGAUCCGGUGCUGAGCGUGCUGCUUACUUGAAGUGGGCUGCUGAAUCUUUCAGAGUUGCCACCUCGGGUGUCGCCAACAAGACUCAAAUCCACUCUCACUUUUGUUACUCGGACUUGGACCCUAACCACAUCAAGGCCUUGGACGCGGACGUUGUUUCUAUUGAGUUCUCCAAGAAGGACGAUCCAAACUACAUCGCCGAGUUCCAAAACUAUCCAAACCAUAUUGGUCUAGGUCUAUUCGACAUUCACUCCCCAAGAAUUCCAUCCACUGAGGAGUUCAUCUCUAAGAUCGAGACCAUCAUGAAGUCUUACCCAGCCGACAAGUUCUGGGUCAACCCUGACUGUGGCUUGAAGACCAGAGGCUGGGAAGAGACGAAACUGUCCUUGACUCACAUGGUUGAGGCUGCCAAGCACUUCCGUGAGGUCUACAGCAAGAAAUAA